CGAAUUUUCAAUUGACGAGGGACACAAAACAAACCGAAGAGGACAGACAAAGGAACAACCACAUCGCAUGACCGAAAUAUAACGACUAAUCUCAUAGAUUAACGAGCAGCUUAUCACAUACAACAUAAACCCACCACGACGAACUCUAUUCCCACUAUCCACAGCCUCGUCACCUCAUCCCGCCAGGCAUCAGCAUCUCAUCUCAUCUCAACAGUCCCCACCAAAACGCAACAUGGAUAACUAUCAGAGAAUAGAAAAAGUCGGAGAAGGUACUUAUGGUGUUGUCUACAAAGCCCGUGAUCUCAGCCACAAUGGCCGCAUUGUCGCUCUCAAAAAGAUCCGUCUUGAGACCGAAGACGAAGGCGUUCCCAGCACCGCCAUCCGCGAGAUUUCCGUCCUGAGAGAACUGAGCCACCCCAACGUCGUCAGCCUCCUGAAUAUUGUUCACGCCGAUGGCCACAAGCUCUACCUCGUCAUGGAAUUCCUCGACCUUGAUCUUAAAAAGUACAUGGACUCGCUCCCCGUCACAGACGGCGGUCGUGGAAAGCCUCUUCCCACCGGAACUGCCACUACCGUGCGAAACUUGGGAAUGGAUGAGAAGGUCGUGCAGAAGUUUAUGCUGGAUCUGGUCCAGGGUAUUAAAUAUUGUCACUCGCGUCGGAUAUUGCAUCGCGACUUGAAGCCACAGAACUUGCUCAUUGAUAAGGAUGGAAAUCUCAAAUUGGCUGAUUUUGGUUUGGCGAGAGCAUUUGGUGUUCCUUUGAGAAGUUAUACCCAUGAAGUUGUUACGCUGUGGUAUCGCGCACCCGAGGUCUUGCUUGGUGGACGACAGUAUUCGACUGGUGUUGAUAUGUGGUCUGUCGGUACCAUCUUUGCUGAGAUGUGUUCCCGAAAGCCCCUUUUCCCUGGUGAUUCCGAAAUCGAUGAGAUCUUCAAGAUCUUCCGGACCCUCGGGACACCCGAUGAAGACGCCUGGCCUGGUGUCACCACGUACCCAGAUUUUAAGCCGUCUUUCCCCAAGUGGCAGCGAGAUUUCUCUACUCCUCUUUGCCCGAACCUGGAUGAGGCUGGUCUAGAGCUACUUGACUACAUGCUCAUCUGCGAUCCCGUAACUCGCAUUUCUGCCAAGGCGGCCCUGAACCAUCCUUACUUUGAUGAGAUUCUGGGACGUCACUGAUUCACCGAUUCACUGAGUCUUGAUGUGAGAGGAGAUGAUGAACGGAAUAUUGUAGAAUAAGACUAAGGAAAUGCAUGAAAACGGUAUCAUUGAGGGUAUGAGUAAGAAACAGGAUGAGCUUAAUGAGGAUUACGGCAAAGGAGGCAAUUGUUGAUGAUAGAUGGCAUAAGGAUCGGAGGUCAAAAUUGUAAACUGUAUUUGUUUGUGCUGCAUUGUUCUUCCCUUCAUACCAUUCCAACCCAGGCGUGAUCGACUAACAUUUGAGGUCUCGCAUUUAUUGUCUUGACUGACUGAGC